AAUUUACAAAAAAAAAAUCCAAAUUGAUUGAUUAAUUGAUUAAUGUUCACAGCAAUGCGAUAGCAAGCAACAGGAAAUUUAGGAUAAAAUCCACUUAUAAAACACUACACACACAAACACACAAUCCAUUAGACAAUGACAAUGACUACACAUCAUUCAUUUUAUCUGGUGCUCAAAACCUAAUUUAUCCAUAACUAUAUAUAUUUAACACCAUAUAGGUAACCAAUGAUCAAAUAAAAUGAUCAAAGCAUAUUUAUUAUUGCAACCCUGGUAACACUUUUUCUAUGUCGUUGCGAAUGAUGAUGAUGAUGAUAACGAUGAUCAAAUUAAACAAAUUCUAUUAAUAAAAAUAGUGUUCCUCAUAAUCCACCACAUACCAACACCCAGAUAAAUAAUGCCUUCAGAUGAAUUAUCCAGAUGGCAACGUUUCAAAAUUUGGUCAUCAAAAUAUUUUGGGUGUACAUCAUCAACAUAUGCAUUUAAUAAUGACCAAACACCAAAACGAACAUGGAGUGGACGUAGACAACCAUCCAGAUCUGAAUUUAAAUCAAUGAAUGGUCAAAAAAAUUUAAAUCGCAGCCAACAACAACCACAGGCGAAGAAAAAACAGCAACGACAUAACAGCAAUAAGCCUAAUGUUGUUGAUGAUAAAAUGAAUGAAACGAAAUCAAAGAUAAAAACCGUUGAAUCAAAUGAAAAUAAAAUGGCCAAUAAUCAAACGAAAAGCUUAGGACAAAUGGAUCUUAAUGGCGGUGAAGAUAUGCCUUAUAUCGAUGCUUCAUUGAUCAAUUUGGAUCGAAUUGUAAAAUGAUCAUUAACCUUACAGUAACAACAACAAAAAAAUUCCU